GUUAACUGGAAAAAAGUUUUUGCAUUUACUCGAGAACAAAGCACCAAGGACGACGCGGUCUCGUUGCUUGCUGUGGCUUUUACUGGAUGAGGCAAAUGUUAAAAUUACUUAAUUUGAACAAUAAUUUAUGUCCUUUUAGUUGUGGCCUCUCUUUGGAGGUAAACUCGUCAAACCACACAGGAGCAAGCUUUUCUACGUUCCACAGGUAAGAUGGGUCGAGUUUAAAUAAUAUCCUUCCUUCUUUCCGUGUCUCGUUUACAAACCGUAAAGAACUAAAUGUAUUCAGUCUUCAGUAUUCUAAGGAUUUCUUCUUAGAGUUUGUUGUAUUAGAGCGAAAUUCGUACCAUGCUCCAGGGCCGGGUUGUUCAAAGCUGGGUUAAGAUAAUCCACCAGGGUUAGGGCGAAAUUAGAGUUCAGAUAUGAAAGCUUAAUAAGUAAUUUCAGUUUAAUUGUUUUUGUCAACGAGUUGAUGAUUGGAUGCUCUUAAAAAUAACAGAGAAAAUUAUCCGCGAAAAUGCUUUUGAACAAUAGAAAAAGAAACCCGGGUUAAAUGUAACCCUGGGUUUAAGCGCUAAUCGGCCUUCGGACAACUGGGCCCAGGAGAAAAGAAACUCAUUAACUUAACUUGCUUUUGUAUUUUCUUCAUGGCUAACCAACAAGUUUUUGAAUUUGUUAUUUCAGCGUCCUUACAUGACACUGGGAACUUUGAGGGACCAAGUUAUUUAUCCUGACACCAAAGAAGAUUUACACAGGAAAGGGCUUACUGAUCAGGAUCUUGAGGAGUACCUCAACCAGGCGAGUUGCUAAGCCUCAGAACAUCCUCUGGGGAACAAAUAACUGAGUAUUGCAGGGUGUUAUGGUUCCUAUAUGGUUUCAGCUUUAGCUAGCCGACAUAUUUUCGUUGAAAGCAUUUCUGUUCUCCCAAGCUCACUCCGAAUGUAUUUCGGGUUCUGUCGUUGACAAAUUCUUGAUAAUUUUAUAUGUGUUUAAUGUAUUUAUUUUUUGUAUUUCAGGUUCAUCUUGGUAAUAUUCUUGAGCGUGAAGGAAGCUGGGACACAAUUCAGGUGUGGUGAUUUUAGUUUUCUCGCGUUCGUCUUUUGACAUUUAUUUUUCUUGCUGAGCUUUGUGCAAAAACUUCGCUUGAAGCUCUCUGCAUUAAUUGGUUAAUACUACACUCUAACCGCUUCUCCUCAGUAUUGGACGUCGCAUCUUUGACCGCACAGCGGAAACUAUCUCUAUCAAGUGCCAAUCUUCACAAUAUUCAUUCCAUCGUGAUCUAAUUUCAUCGUUCUCCGUAAGGAUAGCCGUAUCUUUGAUAACUUUCAUCUGCAGUUGAAACUUCUCUUUCAUGGAAGUUAUCUCUUGUGAGUUAUUGCAUGGUGCGACUCUAUCUUCAGACAAUUUGGUUUGAGUUCUUCUUGUUACUCUUUGUUAUCAGGACACCCAUUGAUAUCAGUCCUGCUGAAGGGGUAAAUACUGCGUAAAUAUAGGUAAAGAAGUAAAUUGUUAUUUAUCGAGUGUUUCUAUCUGCUGUAGGACUGGAUGGACGUUCUCAGCGGAGGAGAAAAACAAAGAAUGGCUGUAAGUAGCACAUCACUUUUAAACAUUCUAUCUGUUUUAUUUUGGCCGGUUUUGCCCGUGUUCCGUAGCCGCCAUUUUUCGUGUUAACUUCUUUUGUACGUCAUUUUCAAAUUCGGGGGAGUCAAAGAGGUUUACGUCAAACUGUAACGAAUUAGUUGUUGAUGUUGUUGUUGUUUUUUUGGUGUAUGUACAAUAGAUGGCUCGACUUUUCUACCACAAGCCACAGUUUGCCAUUCUUGAUGAAUGCACAAGUGCUGUUAGUGUGGACGUCGAAGGCUUUAUGUAUACUCGGUGUAAAGAGGUAGGUGUGCAUGUUGUUCUUUUGUGCCGCUUUGGUUCUGACCACAAUCGUAAAUGGAUGAAGGGUUUAGUUUCAAUUAACAGAAUACCCAAAAUAGAAACUUUAUUUGACACAGAACUCAAACAGUUGAGCACUGAUUUACAUUGAAGUUGUGUAAAAAUUAAAUUUUGUUUAUUUCUACCAUCUAAGGUUGGUAUCACUCUGUUCACUGUAUCUCAUCGCAAGUCGCUGUGGAAAUAUCACGAGGUUUGUGAAUCGUUUCUUUUUUGCUUUGCAGUAGUUAUUUCAGUUCAGUCGCUUUGAAUGGUCACAUUUAAGUUAAGACGUGUCUACAAUGAUCUGUAAUGGCGUUGGGAAGAAACCUAACAGUCGAAACUUGUUCUUAUUUAGUCUAACCAACGAAGUUAAAAGUUGUAAUUUUAUCAUCACAGGAGGUGUGGCAGUGUUGCAAAAGUAGAAGUCUGCGUUUCGUGAAACUAUUUCACUCUGCAAAUCCGAAAGUUUCGUCCGAACUGACCAUAUUACGAACUGCAACGCUUGAAACUUGUUUAUCAAAACCUUUUACUUUUUUCUCGUAGUAUGUGCUAUACAUGGACGGGAGAGGUUCUUAUGAGUACAAACCAAUUGAUUCUGCCACCACAGAAUUUGGCUCUUAACUGCUCACGCACCAUCAUACUGGACACGACUGCAAAAAAGGGACGCACCCCCGUGGUGUAGUCCGCCUUUCAGGGGCUGUGUGAGGAAAGGAAUUGACACCGGCCCACAGUAUUUAACGUAUUGUUCCCGCCUAGAGUAAGAAACUAGGUAAAAUUCAAUUAAUGA